UCACAACAGAAUUUAAAACCCCAGCUCGGCACUGUACGGUGUUAGUUGGCCGAGGAGAAGCUGAAAACACUGCACCGCUCUGUGUUAUUGCUGCUGAGAGCAACUCUGCGUAACCCUGCUGUGUCACUGAGCAAGAGGAAAGUGCAGGAUGGAAGAAUUUCAGCUUUAUGCAUACCAGGAAGAAGUGGUUGAAAGGGCUCUUAAGGGGGAAAACAUAAUCAUUUGGCUGCCGACUGGAGGUGGAAAGACUCGUGCUGCCGUGUACGUGGCCAAAAAACACCUGGAGACCACGAGAAAUGCCAAAGUGGUGGUUCUGGUGAACAAGGUUCACCUUGUCGACCAACACUACGCCAAAGAGUUCCAGCCUCACCUGGGUCACAAGUACUCUGUGAUGCCGGUCAGUGGGGAGAGCGAGGAGAAGGACUUCUUCGGGAUAGUGAUGCAGGAAAAAGACGUGGUCAUCUGCACGGCUCAGAUCCUGUACAACUCUCUGAUCAACACGGAGGAAGCAAAACACGUGGAGCUCUCAGACAUCACGCUGCUGAUAUUCGACGAGUGCCACCACACCCACAAGGAGUCGGUCUACAACAAAGUGAUGAGGUGCUACAUAGAGAAGAAGCUGAAAGGCGAGCGAGCGCUGCCACAGAUCCUUGGACUCACCGCAUCACCGGGGACGGGAGGCGCAAAGGUCCUGGAUAAAGCUGUGGAGCAUGUCCUGCAGAUUUGCGCCAACUUGGACUCAGCCAUAGUUUCAGCUAAAACCUAUGCCCCUGAACUGAAGCAGAAGGUUCCCAGACCCAUCAAGACCUUUGACAUUGUGGAGAAAAGACUUCAGGAUCCGUUAGGGGAUCAUUUGAAGUGGAUGAUGGAGCUGAUUCACGGCUACAUGAACCUUCCUCCAGAUGUCAUACUCAGAGAAUGCGGCACUCAGGAGUACGAGGCAGACGUGGUGCUUCUGGAGCAGCGAGGCGUCAGAGAGAACAACAGACUGCUGGCUCAAUGUGCAAUCCACCUCAGAGAGUACAAUGACGCCCUGCUAAUCAAUGACACCCUGAGAAUGAUGGACGCUUAUCGCUCCCUGGAGGAUUUCUACAACGUCAAGUCCAGCACGGCCAUUGAUGGGACUGACUUCUUCCUGGUGGGGCUUUUCGAAGAGAACCAGGUGGAGUUGAAGAAAUUUGCUACGGAUUCUCGCUUUGAGAACCCAAAGAUGGCCAAACUCGAGAGCACUCUGCUGAAGCAGUUUGGUCCAGAUGUCCAGUCGAGGGGAAUCCUCUUCUCUAAAACCCGUAAAAGCAUCCACUGCCUCAAUGACUGGGUCCUCAAAAACAGGGCCUUGCAGAGAGCAGGUAUCAAGGCAGCAAUCCUCACAGGAGCUGGUAACGGCAUCACUUACAUGACUCAGCACGAGCAGGCAGACACAAUCCGCAACUUUCGCAUCGGUCGUCUGAACCUCCUGAUCUCCACCAGCGUGGCUGAGGAAGGCCUCGACAUCCCUGAAUGCAACCUGGUGGUUCGCUACGGUCUGCUUACCAAUGAGAUCGCCCAGCAGCAGGCCAGUGGACGAGCCCGAGCCACAGACAGCCAGUACUCUGUGGUCGCCCAAGCAGGAGGACGGGAAAUUCGCAGAGAGCACAUCAAUGAAUAUCUGGAAGAGCUGACUGGGAAAGCCAUCGCUGUUGUCCAAAAUAUGAGCCACAACGAGUUUCGCACCAAGAUAGCUGAGCUUCAAACAGAAGCAGUCCUUUCCAGUAAAUUUGCAGAAAGAUGCAAAACAGAAAAGCGCAGUCGCUACUUGGCUUCCAACAUCCAGCUCCUGUGCCGAAACUGUUUUGCGCCGGUGGCCUCAGGCGAGGACAUGAAACUUGUUGACAACGUGCACUACGUCAACGUCAGUCCUGAAUUCAAGAAUCAGUACAAACUUGGUGCUCAGGUGGUACUGCCAAAGACUUUUGAGGACUGGGAGCCUGGACGUAGGAUCAUCUGCAACAAUGGCAACUGCAACAGGGACUGGGGAUACGAGAUGAAGUACAAGAAGUGCGCCUUACUGCCAAAUGUGGCCAUUAAAAACUUUGCCCUGCAGACCCCUGAUGACAGGAUAACUGUGAAAAAGUGGAAGGAUGUCCCUUUCACCGUCGAGGACUUCAGCUUCACAGAAUACUGCGAAGAAAACUUCCCCGACUUCCUCGACUGAGCCGCCAAAGAGCUCUGUGUGGGACCAUUUUAUUAUUGGAGGUGCUUAAAUACAAGCUUUUCUUAAAAAAAUUUCCCUUUCCACACAUGCUCGGCCACGUUUGCGCUGGGAGCUGUGCGCUGAAACCCAUUAGGCAUCGAUCAUGCUUGAAAUUAGCAUGACAGCUUUGUUUAUGCCCAAGGUCUGAGCCUCUUUGCAUGUUUUUUUUUUUUUUUCUCUCCUCGGCCUCAUCUCACGUCAAGCACAGAAGCAGGAGGCAUAAAAUGAACUCUGCUGCAACAUGCACUUUAACAAUUAUGACUAUUUGACACGCCACUUUUAGAGUAUAGGCAGUAAUAUAAACACUUGCACUGUGGGGAUAUUGUGUGUGAUUAUUUAAAUGUUUUCAGAAGCCUGAUUUUAACUCCAUUUUUACAUUCCCCCUUUUAUUUUCUUUUUAGUUAUUCUGAUGUAUGAGUAUGUAUUUGGUGUUGAUGUAUGCAAUUUUUAAAAUAUAUUUGAAAUGAAAUCUGAAUAAACACUCUUUUGAAAAGAU